AUCACCGCAUUGGGGCACGGUAACUCCCAGUCACUUGCGUAGUUGCCUAUCGUGGCGUCUUCUGCGAGAAUGCUUGGUGUUUUGUUGGGAUCGAGCUUCCCCUCCUGUCCAACUACAAGACUCGCAAUGGGCAACUCUUUGUUUGUCCAAUUGCAAUGGUUUGAAAAUUACCUAUUGUGGACUUUUAUUGCUUGGACGGGAAGUCCGCCGAUGCUCCGUCCCAUCGCUGGGCUAUGCUUGAAAAGCAGUUUCUUGUGUGUUUGGGCUGGAGUACUGUUUCAUCGCUCAGGGGAAUCAGGAAUCAACCGUCGUGUGUCUUGAUGGAAAAGUCAAUGGUAGUGAUGCGGACGGUAAAAAAUGCUCGCAGUCGUGGUUGCUGCGACGAUGUUUUCUUCAGACCGCUGAAAGGAACUGUAAAAAAAGAUAGUCAACCGAUCUGUAUGACAAUGUCAGCGGGUCACAGACAUCAAUGUCCUUCCUGCUUCGAGCGUUCGUCCGCACCGGAUUCUCUUUUGGCGGUGGGGAGGGGUAUCUCAUCCCCGUUGGUGUACACGCUCAUCGGCGACCUAGCCCAUGGGGGUUUUGCCCAACUGAACGAGAAAAUUUUGCGCUUGAAAUUAGAUGUGGAAGCUGGGGCACUCUAUCAUUGUGGCGCGCGGUUAGCUCUUUCCACGUGCUUGCCAUUUAAGGCAACAUCCUUACCAAGUUAUCCUUACAUGCAAAUGGCUGUGUUUCAUUGUGUAACGGCAUUCAAGAAUGCAGAUCGUUAUGGGAUGCCACAAGCCCUCGUGGCCCUAUGCCUUUUCAGUAAAUAGGAUCCACAGCGUACAGCUUUGUUGGUUAACUGCCAUCCCCUUACCGACGUGUUUCCUGUCAAUGUUUGAAUCCUGUAUCGUUCUAUCCUACGCAGCAUGCUCUGCAGUGUUGCGGGCGCGAUGCAUUUCAGUCUCUGCAGAUUUGGUUAUGCCUAUUCUGGUGCAGCUCCGAGACGAGGCCCUCAUUAUUUGUGGCUUACCCAUGCAACAGGGCGUGACGUCGCACGUCCUUGAA